AGUUCUUCAACAGGCAAUAAACUGAAUGACAGUUCUAGACGUCGCGAUACACUAUUAACACUACAGGUGAUAAUCAAUGGCAGUUAUACCGUUUGUGUGUCCACGUAUUUCAUGUUCAUAAGGCCUUACUAUGUGCCCUAUACUAAGAUAUACAACGCAGUUGAUAUUCUUCUAUGUGUAUUAUGGAAUGGGAAAAGUCCUAUCAUGCAUUUAUUCUUCAAUCGAUAUAUACGUACAAAUUUUCUUGAGGAUAUUCGGAACAGAAAAAUCUUCGCCCUGGUCCUGAAUGUACUAUUGCGCUUACGGCACAAGAUAUUUUCGCCAGCAUUCAAAACAUCUGUCAUUAGCUUGCCUCUAAAUCGAGUAGUACCGUUAAAGGCGGAUUGUGUCGACUGUGAUCAAUGUGGCCAGCGGUUUAAGCAAACUUUUGUCGUUAUGGUCACUGCAAAAGCAACCACGAACAUGCAUCAUAACUGA